AUGCCUGCCAUCCGCAACCGACCUCGCGUAGACGUGGUGUUACGCGUGCCUAAAGCCCGGCCUUGGUCAGAGAGUGAUGAUGCUUGGUCCUCUGGGGAGAUGGGCAAGGGGACGGCGACGGCGGUGGGAGCAGUGGGAGAGACGGGGCUAUCGGUGGUGGGAAAGGGGAAAGAGAGGGAGGAGGAUGGAGCAGCAGGUGUGGGUGCUAGUGGGAGUGCUCUGGGCGGGGCAACUGCAGUGACAAUACCGGAGAGCUCUCUUGGCUCAAUUCCAGCAACAACUACCACAACAGAUCCACCUAUAGACGGGACAAUACCGGGUCCCUCUGCUGGCCCCUCCUCCUCCUCCUCCUCCUCGGCGGCGGCGAUUCUCCCUCCCCCGCCAAAGACGCGACCGGCAGAGACGUCUUGUGCGGAAUGGAACAGUCUACUGAUCUGGGCCCGUCGGAUGAGGGGACCGCAGUGGGACUCUUCGGUGGGGAUGUGGAUGGUGGAUCAGGGGAGUGAGGAAUACUAUAGCUUCUCAUCUGAUCCAACUCAAUCCAUCCACUCCGGAGGACCUUCCAACACCAUUCCCCCCCUCCCGCCGCACGUCCAAGACCAUGAAUCCUCUCGCGUCUCCUCCGGUUCUUCGACCCGGCCAACAACAGCUACCGCUAAUGCUACUGCCGGGGCUGCCGCUGCCUCCCUCUCCCAACCACACCCCCAGCAGCAGCAGCAAGAUCAACCAGGUCAUCUCCUCGCUCCGCCUCUCCGUGCCGGUCUGCAGCACAAUGAGCACUCCUCGUACACCUCUAGCUCCCACUCGGGAUCGGCGUCUACCUCGUUAGACUCAAAGGCUGUGCCCCUGCUGCCUGGCUCACAGCACCAGCACCAGCAAUCACAGCAGACUCAACAGGCGCAGUAUCCGCUUGGGCAGGCAUUUGGAGGUCAGCAGCGCAGAGCGAGUCCGAGAUGGUAG